AUGGUUGCUUUGAAGAAACUUUUCCAGACGGACAAGAGCGCCUCGCGGCCGUCCAGUGGCCUGGCAAUAGAAGUCGAGUCGACUCGGACGCACCUCCAUGCGGGCCUGCCAUCCCCCGGCUUGCCGUCACCCGGUGUCCCGUCGCCCGGUUUCAACCCUUCGCAGUCCUUGGAUGUCGCCCAUCAUUUCGAGCAGAUCGAGAAACAAUUCGAGGAUCUACAUGAUCGUCUCGAGGCCCGGCCGCCGUCUUCUCAGUCCCAGCUCCCUUUUGUAUCGAAUCAGUUUGCCCCCAAACCCCACAAUGGCCGACAUAUCGAUCUCCUCGAUGCGUUCUACUCGUCGGACCGGUAUCAAUCGACCAGCCAGGAUACUAUGUCGCCGCCCGUUAGUCCCUACAAUGAAGAUGUGGCGGAACGGAAUAUGACGCGCUUCAUGAGAAUCCAGCACCGGAAAGGGCACAAGAGCUCCCGCAUCCUCUCCGCAUUGUACCAGGAAGAUGUCGCGGACAGAAAUAUUGCCAAGUAUGGAGGCGCAUCGCGCUCGUGGUCCCGUCUCAGCUGUCGGUCGUCUCCGGCAGCCCCUGGGAUGGUUCGAACGUUCAGUCCUGACGGCCAAAGACGUGAACGCCGGAAGCCCAGUCCUGGCAAAUCCACCUGGUCGUCUGAAGAGGAUCUGCGGAAACGGUCGUCUUCACCAGACGAUGCCUCGGCUUCCUCGCGGUCCCACUCACGAAAUAGCCGUCUUCGACCUCAGCAAUCUGCACCCAGUUUGUAUGCGGAAGAGGACUCUACCCCACAGGAAGAGGCGCCUUCGAGCCCGGUCCAGCGCCUUGGUGUGCCUCCAGCUCAUAAGCAAGGUGACUGCUGGAGCAAUACGCCUUUACCGGAUAGUCCUACAUUGCCCAUGCCAAUAGGUGAUAGCGGCGGGAGUGCCGAGGGUCCCACGAUACUGCGUGCCCCUGUUACAACGGCUCGAACUUCGUCUUUGGGCCCGAAAUCGCGCUCUCCACCUUCUUCAUCCGGCUCGGGCUCGAAAAAGAAUGUCCGAGACCUCUCCAUCAACACGCAAUUGGCUGCGCAAGGCCGGCCAAAGCAAAAGAUUUCGCAUCGUGCGAUCCAACCCCCGACCCCCUCCAACUACGAAAUUAAGCGGACUCCCAGUAUUGCAGAGGUCAUGCACAGUCCCCUGCCGUCGGGCUCUGCUUCAUCCUCCCCCCGGUUCAAGGCCUCGGAGAUGAUGGACCUGUUCAACAAAGCGUACAGGUCCACACGGGCCGUCAGUCCUCACCCUACCUACGAGACGCUGCAGGACGCCAUCGUCCGCGAGAUCAACUCGCACGAGGCAUUCCGCCGGGUCCCCGUGCCGGAUGCUGGUCCUCCGUUCACGCCGUCGCCUAACCAGGUUGUGUUCGAUAAUGGCCCCGAACCGGUCAACCCGGAGCUGAACCGGAGUGCGUCUGCCAAAGAAAAGCCACCACCGCGUAUCAUCAGCAAAGGCUCGUUCAUGAAGCACAAGCGCAACUCCGAAUCUCGACGCAGUAUCUCUACCAGUGUCCCGUCCAAGGGCUACGACCGCAUCUUCCGCCGCGUGUCCAGCACUCCAGCCCGUCGGCGCCACACGGACGCCCCGCCUCCCUCUCCGGGCCUCCUGGCCGACAUCCAGCAGCCGCAACAGGAACCGGUCGUGCCUCGCGCAGGCACCAGCCAGCCACUGACCUACAUGGAUGUGCUGUUCCGCGCCGGCAACGACAAAUCCUCGACCCCGUCCAAGACCCCGCUGAUGUCCCGUAAACGAGGCCGAUCCGAAUCGGCCGCCACCAUCUCUGCAACCGCCGCCCGUGCCACCCCAGACAACCUGACCAGCACCCCCGGUGCAGUCUACUGCCUGCAGGCGCACUCGACCCCAUCAAAGGACGGCCACAGCAGCGUCUCGGUGGAAGACAGCGACGACGACAUCAUCCACCUCCCCAGCGUCGGCGCCCCGCCGCCGCGCGUCCAGAUCGAGGGCGUCGACGAAAACAACGUCCGAUAUGUCAUCGACACCACCAAGACCACCGACGCCCACAAGCUCAUGGGUUGGUCCCAGCGUUCGCGCCGUUCCAACUCCCCGCAAUUGUCUUCUGCUUCUGCUGCUUACCAGGAGAGCUUGUCUCCGCUGUCUCGCGCCCGGAUGCAGCUUCGUGGAUCCCGCUCUGUCGAGACCUAUUGA